AUGACUGGGGGAGAAGGUGACCAGAACGAUGGCCAACAAGGCUCAUCUCGACAGACAGACCGAAACGGCCAAACAGGUCAACAAGGUCAUGUCACAAAUACAGGAGUGGUGAAUCAUCCUACAGUGAUAGAUCAAGCCACGGAGAUCCCAAAGGACGGCCAAAGCAUCACUUUGACGCCGAUCCAAGUCCUACAAGGAGCAGAUGAUUACAAUCGAUGGUAUCAAGCCGUACGACGCGAGCUCUUAGGAAACGAUCUACUCGACCUUAUCGACAAGAGCAUCCCACGACCUCAUGUUGGGUCAGCUCACUACAAAAUCUGGAAGAAGCUGUCACUCAAAGUGGCAGGUUGGCUUUCUGCAACGCUCAGUCGAGACGUUGGCACAAAAGUCCAAACCAUAACUGUCAAUGUUGAUUACGCAGAUGACCUAUUGGCAGCAAUUCGAACUAUUUGCAAGGGAGAAGCCGAUUCACAAGCCGGUUGGCGAGCUUGGACAGACUUCAGAAAAUGCGACAGACAUCAAUAUGCAACUUGUGAGGCAUAUAUCCAUGCCCUCCGCGCAAAGCACAGCGACGCCGAACGCGACGGUUUCGGUGUUCAGCCAUGUCAACUCAUCAUCACUCUCCUUCACUCCAUUGAGACGGAUCUCCCUACAUGGGUCACACUCAAGAUGGAGCAAUACAAGGACGUGAAGAGCAAAAAUAUGGACGAUUUUCAUCAGUUGUGUUCCGAGGCGUUAGAAAAAUGCCAAGGUCUCAAAUUCAGUAUGGGCAACGCUGCAAACAACUUCAAUCCUUCCACACCAGCAACUCCAAAGUCAACUGAUGGGAGAGAGGAUAAGAAGAGGAAGGAGCGAGACCCAGAUACCCCUAACGAGAAAAAGCGGAAUGCCCCAAAGCCAGGAGUGUCGGUGGAGGAGUGGCUCAAGAAGCUACGCAAAUGGAGAAAUAGAGACAACAACUGCGGAUACUGUGGUAUAAAGGGCCAUGGUUACUCAAAGUGCUAUUAUCUUGCAGAUUCACCUCCACCAAAUUGGUAUCCAAAAUUGGAUUUAUGGUGUUACAGAGACAGAGCGGCACCAAAACAACAAGAGACUAAAAAUGACGGAGACACUGCGACAAAAACAUCUACAACUAUGAAUGUCUCGUCUUUUGCACUUUCAUCCGAUUUCUUUAUGCCAAAUAUUGGUGGCGCAGCUAUUGACACCGAAGCGUUCGCAGAGCACGUUGAACAACCAAUCGACAAAGAGAAUAUGCCCAAAUCAAAAGCCUUAGCAAUGGCACUCUCAGCGACCACACCAGAAAGCCUUAUUGGAAAGUUCGUUGCCGACUCUGGCGCUGGACACAGCAUGGCUGGAGAUUUCGCAAGCUGGGUGGAAAUCUACAAAUACAAAGACGACGAUGAAGCCUAUACGUACGAAUGCAGCAACGGCAUGGAGGCAAAGGCCACGGGAUAUGGCACAACACUCAUACGAUUCAACAACGGCGAGGACAGACCAGCUGAGCUUUUGACUCGCACAUACUAUGUACCUGGAUUGAAAUACAACCUUUGGGCAUGCGAGCGAGCAAAGGAUGAGAGCAAAGUAUGGUAUUGCAGCAAAGACUACACCGUACGAAGAAUGGAUGAUGAUUCAGUUAUUGGCCAUACUACAGUUGUAGGAGGCGUCCCAAUUCUCAGAACCAUGACAACCGGGAAAGAGCUUCAAUUUGGAGCGCUUAAUCUAUCUGCAAUCUCAGCAGAGUUGCAACAUCGACGACUUGGCCAUGCCAGCGACGUGAUCCGUAAGGGCACAGCUCAGGCUUAUGAUCUUGAAGCGAUCAAAGAAAAGAUUAAGCACUGUGAAUCCUGCAGACUCGGGAAAUCGAAACGCAUUGUGUCCCACGAUCCGCUGCCGAAAGCAUUGAAAGCCGGACAGAUUGUCUACGUCGACGUUCAGCACAUAAAGCCGACAGGGUUUAACGGGUACAACUACUUCACAGCGUUCCUCGACGACAAAACGCGUAUGCCAGACGUUCGUUUCCACGUCACAAAAGGUGAAGCUUCGGAUAAAUGCAUCGACUACUGCACGGAGUUCAAAAAUCAGACGGGGAAUUGGCCAGUGAUCAUCGCAAAAGAUCAAGGGCGAGAAUUCUUCAGAUUCAUCAAAUGGUCUAAAGAAAAUCAAACUGGCAUCCAAUUCAGGGAAUCUCCAGCACGAACCCCCGAACCAAAUGGACCAAUCGAAUGGCUUCAGUUUUACCUUGCUCAAAUCGCAAGGGUAAUGAUGAUUGAUGCAGGGCUACCCGAAUAUUUGUGGCCAUUUGCAGUGGAGACAGCGUGUUAUACAGUGGCACGCCUUGUCAAGCCAGGACAAGAGAAGGCGCCUAUACAACAAUGGCGUGAGGAAUUAGGAUUUCCAAAUCCUAUUCCCCAUCUUGAACAUUUGCGCGUAUGGGGUUGCAAAGCCUACAUGCACAUACCAGAGGAAGAUCGUGUAAAGGCACGCAAGAUGCUACCGAAGGCUGAGAUCGGACGUCUCAUGGGCUACAUGGGCGAUCACGGUCACAUUUACAAGAUUUGGUUUCCAGCAACGGGAGACGUCAAAUUUUCACGAGACGUCACUUUUUGGGAAGGUCCAGAAGACGGCAUGAUUGAUGAGAUUGAGGACCCGACACCAACUACGACAAAGGUUGAGAUGUCAAAACCGCUCACAAUCAUCUUCCAUAAAGAUCCUGUCGAGAAGAAUCAGAAACGUAUCACAAUCGCUGAUGAGAAUCUCACAAUUGAAGAUAUCUUGAACAGCAAUUAUUACGACUUCGAACAGAACGCGUACGUGACAGGCAGAGCAGAAACUCUGAGCACAACCCCGGAGCGAACUCAUGAGCAAGAUCGCGCGGAUGAGAGUGAUCAAGAAGAAUUUUUUGAUGCAGAAGCGGAGGGGUCAGUCGAUGCUACAACGGAAGAGGCUCUUGAGAUAAUUCGGAAGAAAAUCUCACAACAAAAAGCUCUCAUCAAGGAGCAAGCUCAAAUCAUGAACAACGAACAAGCCUUGGUUGAUGGCAUCACGAGUCUGGAAACCGUAUAUGAGUCGAUCGAGCACAACGAUACCAACGAUUCGAUGCACGAAGAAGCCCCCGCAUGUAUGGAUGAUGACACGCCCGUACAAGAGAUGACUCAUAAAAACAUUACAACACGAGUUUCUUCACGAAAGAACAAAGGGAUGAGAUUGAUGUCGACUCUCAUGGAGGAACAGGAGAGAGAGCAAGAACAGCGACGUGCAAAGAAAGAACAAAAAGCUAGUUCGACACACUCCACAUCAGAAACCAUGGUUCGACUCAAUAUCAACACAAAUUUGCAAGCCUCGGCAAUUCCUGACAUUAUUCCCAAACUCAAAAAGUGGGAGGUGGAGAUUCCUGGCAACGAUCGCCAGAUGCUUAAAUCACCACUCCGAGACCUGUGGAAAAAGGCAAUGCAGGACCAAGUUGAAAAGCUACGUGCGAACGAGACAUGGAAGCUAGUACCGAAGCCCAAGAAUAGUGCAAAGAUUUUACCUGGAAAGUGGGUUUACGACGUCAAAGCGGACGAUGAGUCAAAUGUUACCGAAUUCCGAGCAAGAUGGGUUGUUUGUGGCAACUUUGAGGUAAAGGAUAACGAGAAUAAUUACUCACCAGUGGUCAGCGACGUUGGAGUGAAGAUUUUCCUCACUUAUUGCAUCAAGAACGGCCUCAAAAUCUUCCAAGCAGACAUCAUUACUGCGUAUUUACACGCGAUGCUGCAGCGACGCCAGGUCCUUGUGGAACAACCAAAAGGUGUCGAUAUUAUUGACGGAAUGGUUUGCUCUUUACUAAAAGCACUGUAUGGCCUACGUGGAUCGGCAGUCCUGUGGUAUGACACCAUAAGUUCAAAAUUAAAAGAAUUGGGUUACAAACCGAUCAACGAGGAACCAUGCAUCUUCAUACGGGAAAGCGACGGCAUGGCCAUUGCACUCUACGUUGAUGAUAAUCUCAUUGCAGGCAAGUGCGAGGCACAAAUCGAUGGGAUUCUUGACACUUUCGACAAGGCAUGGGGAGUUAAGCGAAUUGGUGAACCAAAGCGUUUUCUUGGCAUCAACGUUCACCGCGAGAAGGAUACGAUCAAAUUGGAACAAUCGGACUACGUUGAUGGCAUUCUCAACCGUUUCAGCAUGGCGGAUUCCCAUCCCCGCUCCCUACCCUUGGAACCCAAAUUUACCCUGGAAUCAAAUGACCCAAAAGCCACUGAUGACGAGAAAGAAAAGUUUGUGAAGAUCACAGGAUCGGCUAACUGGUUGACAUCAAAAACUAGACCCGAUAUCACGUUUACCGUACGCCGUUUACAGCAUAAGCAACACGAUCCCACAAAGUACGACUAUGUCGCCGGAAAGGGAGUGCUACGCUAUUUGAAAGGCACCAAAAAGUAUGGUAUCACGUUGAACAAAUACCCCAGCAAAGGACUCGAGGUGUACGUCGAUUCCUCACACGCCGAUCACCCCGAUGGCAAAUCCACCGAGGGAUUUAUCAUUUUCUACGCCGGAUCACCGAUCUCGUGGAACUCUUCAAAGCAAACCCUCGUCGCCCCGUCAUCGACCGUAUCCGAAUACUUGGGAGUAGGAAGCGGGAUAAGGCAAGGAUUAUGGAUACAAAAUAUGCUGAUAAGCCUAGGAUUGGUGAAGAAAGGAGAACCCCUAGUUGUUUACACCGACAGCAAUAACGCGAUGACGGCGUCGCACAAACCCGGUACUGCUCAAGCAGUGAGAUGGCUACGCAUCCAUUACCACUUCAUGAAGGAUUUGAUCGACAAAGGGGAGGUUAUUCUCAAGAGAAUCGACACAAAGGAAAACCCCGCAGACGGAUUUACAAAGGCGCUCACGACGGAGCUAUUCGACAAAUUCCGGAAUCAAAUUGGAGUGGAGGCAUGUUGA